AUUGUUUUCAAAAGAAAAAGAAAAUGGCAAAAUGGAUUGUGAUAACGGUGAUAAUGUUGGUGAUGAUUGCUGCAAUAGGAGGAGAAGCAAGACAUAUUCAUAAACAUAGACAUGGAAGGACUUGGAUAGGUUGCUUUCGGUCUUGUUCUCGCAAUUGCACUGAUUCAGAUGGAAAUUGCUUUGAAAAUUGCAAGAUCAAAUGUGGUGGUCCUACCCCUCCAAAAACCAGUUCAAGGAAUUCACAUGGGAAGAAUGAUACGUACAAUGAGGAAACUGAGGUUCGAGGAAAGAGAAAUUGAUCAAAGGAGACUCAUGCAGUAGAG